AUGGAUAAUAUCCGAUUUGACACCUCAUUGAUGAGAAGGAUCUUCUUGAUGUUGCAUUUGGAGCCUUCGGUAAGAUCUUUGAAGAUUUCGGGACUGGGAUGUUGGUCAUGAGACAUGAAAAUUUUGGUGUGGGGCAAAUUUUUAUUUAUUUUUUCGUUUUGGACUAAAAUUUAUAUUAAAAAUACGGUCAGAAUUUAUUAAGGGAGUGUAAAAAAGCUCAAGCUUGAAAGGCCGAUCGUUUUUGGUUCGAGCUUUGCUGAAUUUUGUAUAAAAUACGGCAAAAAAUGACGAAAAAUGCCCGAAUUUUUUUCUUCCACCCACAAUUUUUUUAUGACCGGCGUUGCUGGUCCUAAACACUGUAAAACUCAAAAAAUAGACUUACCAGGCUUCCAAGAUUCAAAUUUAGCAGGAAUCCAUCCAUCGCGUUGUAACAAAUGAUAUCUAGGCCAAUUUCGGCUGUAUUUCAAAAUAACAAAGCGAUAUCCGGCGGGCUUUACAGUAAUUCCCACCAGCCAGGGAAUUACUUUCUAUAGAAAGCUUUCUAUUCUCAUAUUCGCCUGGAAUAUUACACUCCGAGGCCUAUUGGUGUAUUUUCAAGGCCAUUAGGCCUAGUUAUUGUCCUUUUUGGCGGGAUUUACGGUAGAAACCCACCAGCCAAAAAUGGAUCGUUAAAAUUUAUUAUUUUUGGGAUGAAUUUCUAAUAUAAAGAAGUCUUGAGUUUCAAAUAAAAUACAUUGAGACAGUUAGAGCUCAAAGCCAACUGGCUUGAGCCCUUUUUUGAGUAUUUAACUCAAAAAUUAUGUUGUACUAGACAUCAGACAUCAGGACCAAGGGAAGUUUUAAUGUUUUUGCAUAUUACUGCCCGUAAGCUCAAAGUAAAUCAUCUCAAAUCAACUUAAAACCAUGUUGCGGGUCUCAAAUCAGGAAUUUCGUCACCAAAAUACCCAAAAAAAAUCCUGUGUCAUCAUCUACUACAAUAUCAUUAUUUUAGGAUUUUUGGAUCAAAGAUGUUGUUAUAAAGAAGUCAAAAGAUGCCAAGAGGAAAUUCCAGAGGACUGUGGCAAACCACCUCAUGAUGACGGAUUUCCUGGGAUUUUGUUGAGAAAUUCCCAACUUUGAAAUCCGCUUAGAAUCCCCAAAAAAAACCCCGAAAAAACCCCAAAAUCCCCUGGACUUACACGUCGACCGUUCCCCAACCCCAACCGCCGGGACGGCAGCGGUGGUUGGAGUUGGGGCCAUCGCCGUAAAGGCGGAGACAUCGCCGGAAUGGCGGGAGGUGGUGCUGUCGCUGCUACUCAUGUUGAUCUAGCGUGAGCUUUAUACCAGUUUCCGAUUGGAACUUACCGGUAAAUGAGAAAAAUGAAAACGAAAAUUUGGUGAAUUUCGAAUAUGCAAAUUUUGUUUUUUUUGUGAGAAUUCGUGGCAGAAUUUGAUUUUUUUCUUCCAAUUUUAUUCAAUUUUUUUGUUGGCAAAAUUCUUGAAACGUUGCAACGUGUAGUGAUAUUUCGGAGGAUGUCAUCGAAUUUUGUGGGUAUCUGGACGACCAUGGACAGAAUGUUUGGGAUGAAUGCCACGUUUUGGUGAGUUUUUCAUGAAUUCUGGUUGAUUACUUUUGAUUUUAAUGCAUUUUUUAAUGUUUACGGAUUUUUAGAUUGUUUUGUGCCCACAGUAA